AUGUUUGAAACAUCUGAUAGGUUCUUCAAUACUCCUAUUAAUACUAUUCUUGGUAAGGAAAUACCAUCCAAAAAGGAAAUUAUAAUGAAUGAUAGCACAUGUCCUAAAAAAUCUAAUAGCUGGAUUAGGUUUUUGGAUUCUGUAUUAGGAGAGGAAAGUAGUCCUAUCAUGCUUUCAAAAUCCAACCCCAACAACUGCACAGCAAGAGAAUUUCCAUCUGAUUCAGGAGGAUUCAAUAGGAUUCACGAUCAUUUGUUUAAUUAUACACAAAAUUUGCCAGCAUGGUCUUCAAAUAUCCCAAUGAACCAUGUAUUAGAAUAUGCUACUCCUAAUGGGUUUCUUUCUUCAUCACCAGGUUGCUCAAUUUAUUGUGGUCAACAUCAUUUGAACUAUAUGCUACAAACUGGAAACCUUGCAGCACGAGGACAGCCAUAUCAAGCUUUUUCUCCAGAAAUUCCAAUCCUAGCGGAAAAAAAUGAAAGCUAUUUAAAUGAAGUUAGCCUCACCCGAAGAUUUAUUCCCGAGUGCUCUUCAGCUGUUUCCAGAAACAAAAAAAGGCCGGGUGCAUUGCAAUAUAGUGAAUCAUAUUUCAACAUACAAUCUCCUCCAAUGAGCACGCAAUCCAUGGAGUUUCAUAAUCAAAGCCAGCAAUUGAAUUACAGAACUCUCUUGGAUAAAGAUAUAGAUUACGAUUGGAACCUUAUUAUUGCUAGAAUCACCGAUAAUAAUGAGCAGCAGGCAUCGAUCUUUUUACAACAAAAAUUGAAACAAUCAAAUCCAGAGAUUCGCAAGAAAAUUUAUGAAGCCAUUUUCAAGAAAUCUUUUUUAUUGCUGAUCAAUAAAUUUGGGAACUUUUUAGUACAGAGAGCUUUAGAGUACGGUACAGUUGAGCAGAAUUCGGAAAUUACCAGUAAAAUCAUUGGUAACGUAAUUCAAUUAUCAACUGAUCCAUAUGGAUGCCACGUUAUUCAAAAGGCUUUAGAUUAUACCAAUGAAUUUAUCAAAGAUAAAAUUGUCGAAGAAAUUUCAUUAGAUAUUGGUAAUACUUUCUCACACCGGCAUGCCUGUCAUGUCUGGCAAAAGAUUAUUGAAAUUAGUUGGGACAGAAAUUCAUCAAAUAUGAUUGACGUUGUGCUAUUGUUUAACAAAGAAUUUAAAGGAAAGUGGGGUGAAGUAUGUACAACACCAUCGGGUAGUUUGGUCGUGCAGUCAAUUCUAGAAACUUUUGGCGAUAGUCAAAAGAAGCUGGAAUGUGUUGAUGAAAUCAUCCAAAAUUUAAAUGCUAUUUGCUGCAACCAAUGGGGCAAUUGGGUCAUCAAACAUUUGCUAGAGUUUUGUGAUGAAGGUCACAAAGCCACUGUGAUUAAUAAAAUAAUUGGAAAUGCCAUCAACUUCAGCUUUGAUCAAUAUGGUGCAACAGUUAUCGAAACUAUGUUUAAGGUUAGUGAUGAGUCGGUCAUUCAGAGAUAUUUAGAUGCUGUCUGUAUUAAGGUUGAAGGAAAAGCUAGAGUUGCAUUGGUGGAUAUUUCCUCCAACAUCUAUGGAAGCUUUAUAAUUCAGUUUAUUUUGAAGAAAGGUCUUCCUGGACACAAACAGGAAAUUAUACAAUACUUGAAAAGGCAUAUGGUUUUUUUAAGAAGUUCCAAAUGGGGAUCCCAGUGUGUCUGGUUAAUCAAUCAGACUGAAAAUUCUUGA